AUGGUUUCUCUCCGCGACAUCGGUCUUCUGCUCCUUGCAGCCCCAGUCGCCAUGGCAGCUCCAAAAGUCCCUGCCGAAGUAACCGUCAAAACCCUACCCUUCUCCCAACCCGCCGACACCUCCAAAGCCCCCUCAUCCUCAGCCGUCGCCUCCCCCGCCUCCGACGCCGCCCAAAAGGCAGCUUGUCAACUCCCCCUCCGCUUCACCAACUUCGCCCUCUACUCCGACACAGGCUGCCAGAAUGUUAUCUACGAUCCCUUCAUGCUCACCUGGGAUCCGUGCAAGGGCUAUCAGUGGACCAAUGCGCUGGCGAAUGGGGUUAUCUUUCAGAGCAUGAGAUGGACUGGUGGGAGCAAUGCGCAGGACAUGUACGCUUGUCAGCAGGGAUUUUCGUGUAAUGCGAAUGUUGCGAGGAUUGUGCAGCAGAGCAAUGUUUGUUCAUCUGGUGGAGGGUUGCACUUUGAUAAACUUGCGGUUAACCCUUAG